AUGGCAGCCGGGAUCUUUGCCUCGCUCUUUGCUGGAUCGGCGCCGUCAGACAGCCCCCCACCUCAGCACCAUGGCUCUGCCUCGGUCGAGCACCCAGCACCAGCGCCCAAAUCCGACUCGGACUCGGACAUCGUCAUGGACAGCCAUACGGUCAAUGCCAGCGUCAACAACGAGGCUCAAGAGGUCGCAGACGUCGAUAUGCAGCUCUCGUCGCCGCCCAGCUCGGCGCCUCCCAGCGCACCCACAACACCACAACAUCCGCCGUCCCGCCCGAUUCCACCACCGGCGCGCACAACAGCCACGACGCAAAGAGCUUCGCGCAGGCGCACCAUGCCCGCGCGCCUAUCCCAGGUAUCCUCGCUCCUCGCUGGAUCCAUGCUCGAGGAGGAACUGCUCAUGCUCGAUUCAGCUCCUUCACCAUCCUCUUCUGCUUUUCCGCACAACGGGCCACCUGCACCGAUACCCUCCAGUGGAGCAGGCGCACCCGUCCUGGACCGCCCAGCCUCCCGCUCUCACGUCGCCAACCCAAUCUCGAUCAUAGUGCUCACCUCCGACGCAAAGCUCAUCGAAAGCGCAAUCUAUCCGUAUGCACCAACACAGUCCGCCGCUUCAUCACCGCAUCCCACGAGCAUCAAGCGCGAGGCACCACCCACGGACCUCUCCUCGUCCACACCGCCAGCCAACCAGCCUGCAGCAUCGGCGUCAUCCUCGAUCGUCUCCACCCUCGCCAUCAAGCGACAGCAGCUCAUCGAGACGCCCGACUUCAAGCCGCGCGACGACACCCUCUACAUGCCCAAGACGCGCGGCCUCCGCUCCGAAGCCGCAGAGGACACCUCCGACGCAGCCUACGAGCGUCGCCAUCGCAAACCAGAGACGGCCGAAAAGAAGCAGAGAAAGGCAGAGGUGGAUCGGCUCGCUCGCGAUCGUCAGAAGCUGCUCGCACGCAUCGACCAGAUCAAAAACGCAGAUGCGCGCAUGCUCCAGCCUAUCGUCAUUGCGAGAGACCAGGUGAGGGCAGAAGCUUCCGCCGAAACCCAAGAGCACAAGCACAACUCCUCUCCGAGCCGAAAGCCUCUCCAUGAUCGCGUCGAGGAUCUGCGACGCGAGCUGCUCGCCGAUGCACACGACACGCUCAAACGCUACGACCUCCUCCUCUCCACCACCGACCAUGCCAAGCCCGCCUCGCCUGCGGUCCCAAUCUUGCCCACCAAAGCAGAGCCCAUGGCCGGCACGUCCACUUCGGCGUCCAACGAAGAUGCCAGUACACGUAGCGAGUCGCCAAGGCUCAAGAUCCGCAUCAAGCGCGGCCAGGCCACCUGGGACACCUCGGAAAGCCCCAACGACACAUCAAAGCGAUCGCCGCUCGCGCUCAGCAAGCCGGACGCUUCGCGUAGAGUCAGCUCGCGCCAGCCAAAGCACAGGGUCGACAGUCUGCCCACCCCGCUCACCGCUGCCGCAGUCGAGGAGGCCCAAGACAAGCGGCGCAAGCGCCGCAGACUUUCCAGCUCCCAUCUCGACGACAAACAACGAUCACAGACGGAAGCGUCCAUGUCGAGAAGGCGCAGCAGUCCAGAUACCGUGCCUCAACAAGACAGCGGCCCCACUUCUUCCGCACGCACCAGUGGUCGCCCGCAGCGCGCCGCUGCCGCUGCCGCCGCCGUCGCCUCGGCACGCCAGCGCCAGAAUGCCGAGCGCUCCUUCUCGGACCUCGAGUACGACGAGGAUGAGGACGGCGAGGUCGAGUCAGUGCUCGAUCUCGCCGACCGCUCCUCCACAGCCACUCCGAGAAAGCUGUCGACAAGACGCAACAGUCUCAGCCUUCGCAGGUCCCCCGUCAAGCCUCGUGAGCACCGAUCUGCGUCCGAAUCAUCGACCGCUUCGUCCGUCUCGUCGUUCGCAUCCUCCAUCGGCUACCUGGGUCCCACCAUCCCCGACACGGGCUCGCUCAAGGUGUCGUCGUCUCUCAGCGAGAUUCACGCUGCGGAUCCAGACGCGACUCUCGGGCCGGCGGCAAGUUCGUCGCCCUCCAGACUCGACGCGGGCGUCGAGGUUGCCGAGGCCUCAGUGGACAGCAAGGAAGGACUUGAGGAGGAUCCAGAUGCAACCGAUUCCGACUCGGACCGCGAGAUUGCCAAGCGCGACCGAGGGCGCGGCUUUGCGGGUGCGCUGACCGAAAGCGAGGCCGAGAGCAUCCUCGCCGCUUUUCUCGGCACCACGCCCGGUGGCAGAAGCGGCCAAGGCGGGCCCGCACCCAACGGGGCGGCAACUUCUGUGUCGGUCAAGACUUCUGCGCCCGUGCCCGCGCCUGCGGCUGUAUCCACUCCGCGCCCACCGCAAAGCGCCGCACAGUCAACACGCCGCUCCACCCGGCGUGAAACCACACAGUCGUUCGGAGAAAAGCUGCCCGACGUACUCACAAAGGCGGCGCAGUUCGACUUUGCCGUCAUGCAGUAUCUGCGCUCCAUCGACCGUCCGCGCCCAGCGUCCCGGCUGCAGCCCAAGCAGCGCUAG